AGCUUUCUACAACCAACACACCCAUAUUUGGAGAUCAACAAUUAUUUUCAAGUCCAAAAUAGGCUCUUAUAUACUACUUCUCUGAAGCUGAGCCCUAAUGCUCAGCAUCUGACUUAAUGGAGUUUAUGUGAAUUGGAUAUAUUUGAGUUGGUAUAGUUGGCUUAUUGUUCAACUCUUGCAGCCAUUCAACCUAUACAUAGGCCAUAACAGACCCAAGGGUAAUAGCAUAGAAAAAAGGGGAAGGAAAUCAGACAAUGGAUCGAAGAGCUACAUUCACUCUUCCAAAAUUAACCUACUUUGGGACUUACAUGACAAAACAAAAUUGAGGAGAACCUGCUUGAGCAAUGUGUUAUUUUUUUUUUUUUGGGGCCUCAACUCUGAUUCAACGUUGCUAAUGCAAAUCUCACUAAAGUUUUGGCACUAGCUGCAGCACUCUAAAUUUGUGCAAUUUACUUCUUUUUAGUAAAAUAGAGUGAUCCAUCAGUUGCUGUGUCAUGGUCCCAAUAAAUUGUUAAUUAAUUGCUUGCACUUUUCCAUCCAAGAUUAAGUGGUUUUAGAUUAUAUUUUAGAGGAUUUAAUAUUGUCUUUUCUCCAAUGUGAUCAUUAAUGGAUGUCAUGGCUGUUAUUUGUUUACCUGAUCAUUGGUACUAUGUUUUCUCCAUGUUGCCUGAGGGACUCUCUAACCUUAUGGCAGCAAGUUUGCUUGAAGAAUUGGCCAUUGGGGAUUUCUUUGGACAAGGAUGACAUGAGAUUAAUGGAGGUUAUAUGAAUGUAUAUGUAAGUUGGUAUAAAAAUUAGCCCUUUUAUUUUUCUGGUGCUCUGGGUAUGGUCUAAUUGGAUAACUGUCCUUUUGCCGUUGAAGUACCUGCUGGUUCCUCAAUAGGAUACAAUGCGGCUGAGCUGUGGAAUCGGAUCCUCUUAGAGUUGGCAGAAAGGAAUUCGCCUUUGUUUCAAUAAAUAUGAUUCAAAUAG